AAUGCUGCACCGACAUCCAAUAACAGGGGAAAGUUUUGGCCUGGAGACCUUGGGAAAGGAACGAGACAAGCGUGUGGUGAUGGCAGGCAUCCACAGUGUGUUAUCCAUGAGACUGAGAGAAGGCUACACCAUCAAAAGUGUCUCUUUUAAGAAUGAUUAUACAGAAAUCCUAGUGAAGCUACAUUUUCCUUGGAGAGACUAUGGCAAAAUAGAGUAUGCAGCAUCUGCUGCCUGGCCUUUGGAAUCUGCCAAACCUGUAACAAAUGUGGAAGUUACUGUUGAGGGGAGCUAUGAUUUGCUGCAUGAAAUGUUGUGCAAGCCAAGUAAGGAGCAGAAGAGUCUACUACGAGUCAACAAUAUCAAAACACUGUGGGCUAUAAUUGAGAGGAUUGCCUCCAGUGACCAGAUAUUGGAGCACCUGCAGUCAUUUUCUUCUCAACCCAUUUUCUACCAGACUCCCGAAUGCAUACGCAGUGGGGUUCCUUUGUUUUACAUGCAGCAGGAAGGUCCCUCCAUCAAUAUGCAGCUGAACUCCAGCUCCAUGGAAGAGUUUGCAGCAUUCUGGAAAACUGUGAUACAGCUAGACACCAGCAAUUGGCAGAAGUGGCUGCACUCCCAUCGCAUUGGGCUUGUUUUAGAGCAUGAUAGACAGUUCCCCAAAUACUUUCAAGUUCCCAACGCCAGCUCCAGAUUUACAUCCAUACAGUGCAGGCAGGCAUUGGCAUCCCUCAGUGUGCUGCUCAGAGAGUGGAGCACAUUUGUCUUGGCUGAGAACCACUCCUACAUCAAGUUUUUACAUCAGGACCCAGACAAGCCUCCUAAGUUCUUCUGUGUUCUGAGGCUGACUUCAAAAGCCCCCAACAUGAUCAUUAGGCUCGGCUUCUUGGGUGGCACAGCAGCAUCUCUCCGACUGGAGGAACUUGAGAAUCUGAGAGACAAGAUUAGAAACUUGAGAUUCCCACAGAGGGGCACUCAGAAGUCCACCAAGAGGACAUCAGUGACCUCAGCUCAAGGAGGCCAGGAGAAGAACAAACUACACAAGUCUCCUCUCAACAGGGAGGGCUCAGAAAUCGCCUGUUGUGUAAUACUCAAGAAGCCUGUGGAAAAAAUCUUAGUUGUAUAUGAAAGCAAACCUCGAGAUAUGUCACUUGUGAAAGAGCCCAUAAGAGAGACAAACAGCAGACAGCACAUGGAUCCCAUGAGGUCUGUGUUUCGCACCAUCACGCACUACCUGCAGCACCAGAGAUGGGUGUGGAACAUCCAGGCCAACAGCAAGACCACAGUCACCAUGAGUUCCAUCAGUCGAAUGCUGGCCACCAUAACCAGACUAAGGUUACAAGAAGGUUUCCACUUUGCUGUGUCUGGAUCUGGUGUCAAUAACCUGGUGCUAGAAGUGGAUAUGAAG